AUGAGGCUUAUACCAUCUAACAAUAUAUACUCAUUUUCCUUCAUUUCAAAUUCAAAACAUAUAAUGGAAGUCAUCACAUUUCUCUUUUUCACUAUUUUGUGCCUUGCACCCUCUGCAAGAUGCUCCGAUCCUCUUCAAUCAACGUCGAAAAAUUUGCAAGAACAACAAAAUUUUCGAACAGAGGAUUAUUCGGCCGAACAAAAGAAUCGAAAAGAAGAUGAUCAAAUCCAAAAGUUGCCCGGGCAGUCAUCCGUCAACUUUAUCCAGUAUUCGGGUUAUGUUGCGGUUGGAUCAAAAGAUGAAAAAGCCUUGUUUUAUUAUUUUACCCAGUCCGAGGACCCGACAAACAAACCUUUAGUGUUGUGGCUAACUGGAGAGAUCGACGAAGCAGAUGUGUAUGCCGGAAAGUUUGAUUAUAUGUGGACACACGCACUUAUAUCCGACGAAACUCACGAGGGAAUCAUACGAAAUUGCAAAUUUUCAAACCUGUCCGACGUUUCAGAUGACUGCAUAAAUUACAUAAACAAAGCCUAUGAUGAGAGUGGAAACAUCAACCCUUAUAAUAUUUAUGUGCCGUCUUCUUGCGACCUAUCUUUACAUGCUACACCGAAUGACCUAAAUAAUUACAAUCCAUGCUCGAUGAAAUAUGUAACUACAUAUUUAAAUAAGGUUGAAGUGCAAAAGGCUCUUCAUGUGAAUGUGAUCAAUGGAAAACCCAUGAAAUGGACUCCUUGCAACACCAAUAUACCUGAUAACUGGACUGAUAGUCCCAACUCAGUAUUGCCCAUCAUUAAGAAUCUGAUGGCCAACGGUAUUAGGGUUUUGAUCAACAGUCCUUCAUCUUUUUGCUUCUUCAAUUCUUCACGAUAUUUUUUUUUUCAACAGGUGGGAGGUUACGCAGUUGGAUAUAAUAAAAACAUGGUGUUCGCCACCUUAAGAGGGGCUGGGCAUGGUGGGGCAGUUGACCAGCCAAAAAAUGCACUUACUUUGAUUGCAUCCUUUUUAGCAGGAAAAUUACCUCCAAGUUGCGGAAAAUAA